UCAACCGAUCCCUCUGUGAGUGUGUGGCAGUGAAGUUGUGUUCUCUGCGUGACACGAAUGUUGUGGAUGCGAAACUUACAGGCCGUUCACUUCAGAAGAUUGUGGACCUCGAACUGUGCAACAACUGUCAAUCAAGCUGAGCUCAACAGUACCACCCAGAGGGCAGUCAGAGAAGGCACAACGCAUCUACUGCCCCCAUCGGACACGAUUGACCUGGAUUAGUGAACAAUUGAUCCUAUCACACCUGCCGACUAGAAACACUGGAAUUAUCAUCAAAGUUCACUGAUCAUUCCACUCAGGGCUUGAUCAUAGAGAAGUGAAGGUGCCAGUCUUCUUGUCUUGUCCCUCCCUUGAGUCCUAUUUCUGGUUAAACUGAUAGCUUGAAUCAUGCUAUGAACGAAGACAAACCAGUAGCUUUCACACCAGAUAAGGAAACCUCCUCAAGAGCCGCAGUGAACCAUGGAGGCCUCCCGUGCCGCGUACAUCGCAGCCUCUCCCACCGCUGUGCCCGUCACCCCCUCCUGCCCGUACACUCUUCGCUUCUUCAGCGAGUACCAGAGCAACAUGGUGCUCGUGGCGCACUACAACUACACGGGCAAGCUGAAGCAGGAUAAGUACAAAGACGGGCUGAAACCGGAGGCCAUCGCUUUCUUGCUGGUGUGCCUGCUGAUCGUGCUGGAGAACGCCGUGGUGCUGGCCGCCAUCUGGAAGAACAAGAAGUUCCACCUGCCCAUGUACUACCUGCUGGGGAACCUGACCCUCUCCGACCUGCUGGCCGGCUUCACCUACAUGGUCAACAUUGUGAUGUCGGGGCCCAACACGCUGAAGCUCACGCCGCUGCUGUGGUUCCUGAGGGAGGGCGGAGUCUUCAUCACGUUGGCCGCCUCCGUCAUCAGCCUGCUGGCCAUCGCCAUCGAGCGGCACGUCACCAUGUCGAGGAUGAAGCCGUACCAGGGGGCGAAGCGGGGCCGCAUGUUCGCCCUGAUCGGGGCCAGCUGGGCGCUGUCGGUGCUGCUUGGCGUGCUGCCCAUCAUGGGCUGGAACUGCAUGGGCCGCCUGGACCAGUGCUCCACCGUGCUGCCCCUCUACGCCAAGAGCUACAUCCUGUUCUGCGUGACGGUCUUCUCCGCGGUCUUGCUGGCCAUCGCCGCGCUCUACGGCCGCAUCUUCCGCGUGGUCAAGUCCAACACGCAGCGGCUGGGCGGCAGCCUCCGCAAGAGCCCGUCCAUCCGCCGCUCGCAGAAGUACAUGGCGCUUCUCAAGACCGUCACCAUCGUGCUGGGCGUCUUCAUCGCCUGCUGGCUGCCGCUCUUCGUGCUGCUGCUGCUGGACUUCGUCUGCCCGGCGCGGACGUGCCGCGUGCUCCUCAAGGCCGACUACUUCCUGGGCAUGGCCAUGGUCAACUCGCUGCUCAACCCGGUCAUCUACACGCUGACCAGCAAGGACAUGCGGCGCGCCAUCCUGCGGCUGCUGUGCCGCCGCUGCCUCAUGACGGCGGACGGGCGGGUGAAGAAGCUGGGCAUGCCCUUCCUGGAGUGCAGCUUCAGCAAGACGGACGUGGCCUCGCACCACCUGGAGGGGCUGGAGACCACCAUCUCCUCGGGGAACCUCACGCCGUCGCCCAUCAAGGCCAUCCACCCCAAGUUCUUCCUGAGCAAGUCCUAAAAAGGGGGGCCUCCACCUCCGCAGGACAGAAGUCCUGUAUUCAGUUUGUGUGCGCCUGACUCAUACCUUUAGCAUCACGCUAAUGCAAGAGUGCAGAGCAGCUCUGCCUGUCCUCCAAGGAGAUGCCACUUUACAGACGAUAUGUCACAUGUACUUUCACAAAUGGUCCAGAAAGAAGAUUAGAGAAAGAGAUCACUUGGGAGGAUCUUCCUUUUGGAGUUUUUUUUUUUUAUAAACUGAUUAAAGACCACUUAACCUGAUGAAAGAUUCAUUUUCAACAGAGCAUAAAUGGACAGAGAAAGAAUGACCCAAAAAAGGAAUCCUGUUUGGAUUUGACAUUGACAGUUUAUGCCUUAUUCUGCAUUUCAUGUUUGCACUAUGCCUCUUAUCUCUUAUAAGUUAGAAAGACUUUUAAGACUUUUUUUUUUGUACACUUUUGGUCACCUCGUCCUGUAAAUGAGUUAUUCUUCAUAUACGACGAUCUCUCACUUCAUGGCUCGUGCUUUUUGUACUUUUCAAGAUGGGGCUUAAAAUUUGUGUACUGAAUAAUGUGGUGCCUCUGGAAAUCGCUGGCUCGAUGAAACCAGGCCAUACCACCAGACUGGUGGUUUCAGACGACCUACUGUGACAGGCCUGAGGUGAAAGCCACAGCAGCGGGAUGCGCACACGCCCGGCUGCUCUUUUGGACACAAAGGCAGGAACUCUGUUAGCGGAGUGGAACCGGACCACCGCUGACUCUGGAGACACGCAGGUAUGCCCAGAUAGGCACAGUGGGGAGAGCAGGCGGCAGUGGAGUUCCGGAAGACUGGCGAGAGCUUGAUAGCGAAGGAUUUGGUGAAAAAUAAUGGCUGAUUGUGGCAUUCACAAUGCAUGGUCCACUGGUUUCAAAAAGCAUAAAUUCCCAAAAGGCACAAAUGUCCUCUUGUAAGAGGAUUGCUAUCUGUUAUUUUAUUUGUAUGCUCGUAGAGCUGACCAAUAGAUGGUGACACCCCGAUUUGCAGCUCAGUCAGUCUUAAACUAAUUGAGCAGAGAUGGGGAAAAUGAUAUAGUGGCAGGUUUCACAUUUAGUAAUUAGAUUUAUUUUCAUUAUAAAUUAUUAUUUACCAGAAUAAUAAGAGAGUGUGCACACUUAUAAAGGAACCCCCAUCAAAUUCUUGUCUUUUUAAAACAAAAAAAUGACACUAGACUGAUAUCUUGUGUUCAAAAACAGAGUUAAAAAAAUUAUUCAAGAACAGUUUAUGAAAGUAGUACUGUUUUGUCUAUAAAUGGACCUAAAUGCAUUGUGGCUUUUAUACAAAUUCUGUGUGAAAGAUAUUUCAUAUUAAUAUUUCAUAUUAAUUGUGUGUAUAUGUAUUAUAUAUUUGGAUAAUAAAUCAUUUUGUAACAUUUCAUGACCUAAAUUAAAGGAUAUUUUCAUAAUUUUGUACUUUCCAAAAGAAAAUAAACAGUGUUGUUGA